AUGGAUGCUUUUAAGCUCCUCACGAGAUCUACGAAGCUCAAAUCUUCUUCUAUCUGUGAAAAAGGAUCAAUUGCCAAUCGCCUACCAUCGACAGGGGAAGCUAGCACGCCACAAUUAUUUCCCGCCAAACAAUCCAGUGUGAAGGGGAAACAGAAUGAUGGCGAUAGUCGAGGAAAAAAGAGAAAACGGGGUUCUGGACGUGGAGGCGACUCUACAACCAAGGACGCAGGAUUGAAUUUCUUCAGUGGGCUGUCAUCAUCAGCACCGGAGGUCAACUCGAGUACUGCGGAAAUAGAUCCCAACGAGGACCAGAAUAGUGACAAGGAUAAUAGCAGCUCUGAUUUAGGCGCACAGCCUACUUCACUCUCCGAAUCUGAGAGAAAAGCGAUUCUCAAAACCCACAAGAUCAAAGUCACUGAUCUCCGGACACCGAAGCUACGCACCAACGACGAACCCGAAACGACGAAGAAAACAACCAAAAAACGGAAACGAGAAAAAGAGACUACGGUUGCUCUUACAAAAAAGCAGCGGAAAGCAUUGCAGGCAAUCUAUCCAGAACCACUUGUCUCGUUCGACUUGCUAAGGUCGAAAUAUAAUAUUUCGAGCCGAUUGUUGGAGAAUAUACAAAAUCAAGGGUAUACUGUACCUACGGAAGUACAGCUUGGCUGUCUACCCAUACUUCUCGGCUGCCCAUUUAUAUCUGUAGACAAUGACAAAGAAGACAAAGGUGACUCGAGGCAAGCCGGUGAGAGGAGCGAGCCUGAUCUUCUUACAGUUGCACCCACUGGGAGCGGGAAGACAUUGGCAUUCAUGAUCCCACUCAUCAGUAAGAUUAUGAAACACCGACACCAGAAUCCCAGUGAUCAGUCAAAAGGGAUUCGGGCCAUUGUUGUUGCGCCAACAAAAGAGCUUGCAAGUCAGAUUGCAAACGAGGGUAGAAAACUCGCUCUUGGUAUGAGGGUAGUGGAAGAACGUGGUGGGGAAUCUAUGAAGAAGGGAGAUGGAACCAGCGACGACAGCGAUGCAGAUAGCGAAGAAGAACGACCAAAAGAACAGCCAAAGCCUCUCGCCACUGUAACGAAAAGUGAUAUCCUCAUUACAACUCCCUUACAGCUAGUCAAUGCACUAUCUGAUAAUGGCCAUAAAGUACUAGCCUCGAUGCCUUUGGUUCGAUCCCUUGUCCUUGAUGAAGCAGACGUCUUACUAGACCCUCUGUUUAGAGACCAGACUCUGAGCAUAUGGCGAUCAUGCGUCAACCCACGACUACGCGUCGGCCUGUGGUCUGCAACUAUGGGAUCCAAUAUCGAAGAACUAGCCAAGUCAACCAUCGGAGAGCGUCAAAAGUCCUUGGGCCUAAAAGAGGAAUCUUUCUUAAUAAGAUUGGUUGUAGGCCUAAAGGACUCAGCUAUUCCCAAUAUCUCUCAUACACUCACGUACGCUGCAACAGAGCAAGGAAAACUUCUAGGGCUAAGACAACUUCUACACCCAACGACAGCUACUGCGUCUGCAAGCAAACAUCUUCGGCCUCCCUUUAUUAUAUUUACUCAAACUAUUCCACGAGCAGUAGCAUUGCACUCGGAACUUAUGUACGAUAUCCCACCAGAAGCAGGCGGCUCUUCGCGAAUUGCAGUUUUACACUCAGAGCUCUCCGACUAUCAGCGGUCCGACGUCAUGGCCGGUUUCAGGAAGGGUGAAAUCUGGAUUAUUAUAACUACCGACCUUCUUUCUCGAGGCGUGGACUUCAGAGGAAUCAACGGUGUUGUUAAUUAUGAUAUCCCCAACUCAGCUGCUGCCUACGUGCACAGGGUCGGAAGAACUGGUAGGGCUGGCCGAGAGGGUGGAGUCGCUGUUACAUUCUACACUAAAGAGGAUAUUCCAUACGUCAAGAACAUCGCCAAUGUGAUCGCUGCCAGCGAGAAGCUGCGCAGUGGCGAAAGUGACGAACCAAGCAUCCAGAAAUGGCUUCUUGAUGCACUGCCAGAUUUAACGAAGAAUGACAAAAAAGACCUAAAGCGCCAUGGAGUGCAGGCCCGGCGCAGAACAGCAGCAAUGAACAAUGAUAAAAACCGCCACGCGACCCGUAUCAGCACUAAGAGUGGAUUUGAGCGGAGGAUAGAGAACAACCGGAAAGGAGCUAUCAAGGGAAGCCAAUCCAGGAAGCAUGCUCAGAAGUCCAACGUUGAUGAUAUCGAAGAUGAAGCAUGGAGUGGCAUUGAGGAUUGA